CGGUAACAGAUGAAAGCUGAUGACACAGCCCGAUGAUGAAUUUCCUGCCUUCCAGAUGGACAACCAUGCAUAUCGUCUGGCACAUGCACAGCAGCCGGUUAGCAGUUCCAAGAAGAAUGUGAUCACCAAACAAAUACUUGCAGGGGAUUCACUGCUGCUAAUCGAUGCAGCCAAGCGCCCGUUGGAUGAGUACGUGCAGCCACUAUGCCAGCUAUACAAGCUGGUCAAGAGCAGACAGCAGCACAUGAUCCUUGUGCUGGUGGCUACGCGCAAACGUUUGCUGCAGCUGCGCUCGCAAUUUGAGAAGCAGUUGGACAGCCGGCAGGACCUUAUCAGUGCAGCAGAGGAGUCAGAGACAGCAGCCCAGCUGAUGUGCCAGCGUGCUGGCCUGUUGAUUGCGACCACAGCGGAGUUCAGCGCUUUGAUGACACAGACGCCGCAGCUGCUAACAGACGCUCAUUUGGACUGCAUUGUCUUCGACGAGUUAGAGCGGCUGCAGGCUUAUGGCGGCGGCUGCUUUCAGGCGCUCAAGCUGGCGCUCUGGCAACUGUGCAGCAAGCCGCAGCUCGUGGUGACCUCGCGACUGUGGCUGGCUGCAGAAAUGCAACAACUUUUGCAGCAGGCCAAGCAGCCGCUGGUGUUGCUGCAGGAAGCGCUGGAGGCAGCCGUCUAUGGUGGCCUGCAGCUGCAAGUGGAGCUGGGCAACAGCGGAGCACAGCAGAUGCAGCAGCUACUGGACUAUCUGCAACAGCAGCCAUAUAAAAAACAACGCACGCUGAUUUACUGCGCCAGUGAAAUGGAUUUCCAGGAGCUACAGCAGCAACUGCCCAAGGAUGACUGCCUGCUGCAUCGCGGUCGAGGGGAUAAACCGCGCCUGGACCGCUGGCAGCGGCAGAACACUGGCCAAAUAUUGUUGCUGGGCGCACAUGCGCCCGAGUUGCUUGUGGACAACGUUCAGUCUCUCAUACACUUCAACAUGCCGUCCACUUGGAGGCAGUUUAGAAAGCGUUUCGCUGUCUUUAAAACCCAAAUACCCAAUGCACUGAUCCCCACCACAAACCAGAAGCAGCUGCAGUCCCUCAUUCUGCUGAAUAAGCAGAGUCAACGAAUGCUGCCUCAGCUGAUGGCGUUCAUGCAGCAACAUGGACAUCCCAUCGAUGAGAAGCUGACUGCGGCGCAUGCGCAGCUGCAGGCAGCACAUGAGGCGUCCUUGGUGGCGCGUCAGUGCGUCAUUUGUCCUGUGUUGCUGCUGCAUGGCCAUUGCCUGACGCCUACCUGCCAAUAUCGUCAUCUGCUGGCGGACGUCGACAGGAGCUGUGCGACUGUACCAACUGCGGGAUGUAUACGCUUUCAGCUGCUUAAGAUCUGCACACCCUCCCACUUUGCGGCUCGUUUGGUGGCACAUAGAGCAACAGCUCAAUCUGCGUGGGGUACGAUUCCUGUGCAGCAGCAGUAUGUGGAACUGCAGCAACAAUUGAUUAGCUACUAUGCCAUGCCGGAACAUUGUGUGGUACCCAAUCUUCAAGAGCUGCAGCAGAUUUGUGUGCGCCAAAUAGCCGCCAACUGUUAUGAGCGUGUUUCCGUCACUUUUGUGCCACCCGCUGAUUCUGCUAGUUCCGAGCAAUAUCAAAAUAUGACUGUGCGCGUCAAGCAUUUGGACUUAAAUACGGUCAUCUGCCAUGCGAAGCUUUCGGAGCUACUUGUCUGUCCGCUGGCUUGGCAGCAAAUCGAUCCAUUGGCCCUGGAUGUGCGUCUGAUUGGCUUGGUGCCCUACAAUGGCGAGGAGAUAUGGCAGUGCGGCGAGAUUGGGCCAAUUGCUGAGCUACUGCAUCCCGGCGGCAUCUAUGAAGCAAAUGUUGUCUCUGCUAUGGCACACACAAUAUUCGUGGAUGAGCUGCAACUGCAGAAAGUUGGCUAUGAGGAGCAGCUGCAAAGGCAAUGCCUGGGCAAGUUUGAUGUCAAUGCAAAGCGACGUUUGGAGCAAUUAGUAAAAACAGCUGCCAGCUAACAUCAGUUACCUAAAAGUAAUUAAUUAAAGAAUAAUCAAAAGAAUAAACAAUAACUAAAAAAAAUCAAAAACUGCUGCCACAAAAUGCUGUUAAGGACAAGAUUCAAAACUCUUUAACCUACUCUAAUAACCAGAUAUUAACAAGAACAAUCGCGAUAUUGGGCAUUUCAAUUUCUUUAUAUAUAACUUACAACUGCCUCGGGAAAAUGUGAAAUGUUUGGGGAAGCCUUUGAAUUGUCAUCGUUAGUCCUGCUUUUUGCGAUUACGAAAAGAUCGACGUAUUUUGCUAUCGAUUUUAUGGACUUCCGCGAUAAAUGGCCAAUAAAAAUAGCUUAAGUCCUAAAUAAAAUAAAAUAAUUCACAACAACCAAUUUAAUGUAAAUCCUAUGGACCUCCACGAGUCUAACGCGCUCAAUCUUCCCAGGAUCUGG